AGGUUUUGUUAUGUCAACUGGAGAUGCCAUUUCCCAGAAAUUUGUCGAGAGAAAAAAUAACUUGGAUCGUAAAAGAUACUUGCGAUACUGGGCUUUUGGAUUACUUAUUGCUGGGCCACUUUUUCAUGGAUGGUAUUUAAGGCUGCAGAAGGCUUUUGGCAGCUCAAGAUUUGCCCCAUUUAAAAUGGUGAUCAUAGAUCAGAUAAUUUUUGCUCCUGCCUUUCCUCCAUUUUUCUUGGGUGUAAUAGGAAUAAUGAAGGGAGACUCUCUAUCAGUAGUCAAGCUGAAAAUUCAAAAUGAUUAUGUUGACAUACUCACAAGUUGUUGGUCGCUUUGGCCAGGUGUGCAGUUUUUAAACUUCCUGUUAGUUCCUGUGAGUCACAGGGUUUUGCUAAACAAUGCAGUAGCCCUUGGAUGGGACACAUACUUAGCAUGGAAAGCAGAUUCUAAUGAAAGAAAUACACUGGAGGCAAAACCAGCCAUCUUACAGGCAGUGGCAGAUAACUCUGUAAAUCCCCCACCAAUUCCAUCAUUAUCUUCUCAUGAUCUCAUCCUGUGAAAAUGACAAUUCACAUCUAUAGCUAAUCCUGUGAGUUGGAUUUUAGUCAUCUCUGUACAAGAUACUCCCAUGAAUUGGACAUUAAUUGUUUCCAUACAAAAUAAUUGUUUCCAAACAUAAUAAUCCUGUGAAUUGGACUUUAAUAUCUCUGUAGAAGGUAGUCUAAUGAAUUGGACUAAUUAUCAUCCGUUUGCCCAGAUUAUCUCCAACUGAUCAGGUAUUAAUUCAAAUAUUACAAUUAAAAGGAAAUUCCUUGUCGGCAAGUCAAGUCAAGUAAAUUUUGUUUAUAGUCGGCACAUAUAUACAAUACAACAGAAAUAACAUGAGCUAUGGUGAGCUCGUUAACUGACUUUAACAGGAAGAUGAGGGAUUACAUGUCAUUUAUAUUUAUUUGUUGAUCAACUCAUUUACAUGUACUGCAUUUAUUAUGCAAUGCUUGCUCCAAUCUUUAUUUUUGCAUGGCUUCUAGCCAUGUUAAUCCUGAAGGGACAUACCUUAUUUAAUGCCUCACCACUGUCAAUGCUAGACUGUGAUUAAGAAUGAUAUUAACACUUAAAGUGAAAUUUACAUGUAUAUAUACAAAUGUGCAUCAGUAUCAUCAACUGUUUUAUUUUAACAAUAUUUAUAAUAUUAUUGUCAAUGUGUUUAUUGUGUUCCAGUUAUCGCUGGUAAACUGUAAAUAUUUCUUUUUGUUCUUUUAUUAUGUUCCAGUUCAGAUGAUAAACUGUAAAUUCCAUGCUAACACAUAUAAUAUGUGUAUAAUCAAUUUGAGGGAAAGCUCAAUUAUACUGAAACUUGGCAAAAGGAAAUAUGUCCUUCAGGUUACUUCCAUUGCAAAUGUAAGACUUUAGGCUGGACUGAGGACAUCAACCUAGAUAGCUCAAUGGUUAGAGCACUAGUAAUGCAGGGGUCCCUGUAUGUUUUCAUUAUAUAUGUAUUCAUGAAUUUUUCAAUGUAUAUUUACUCAUCCCUCCUUUCCAUACUACACAUAUGCCUGCCUUUUAAUUAUAUUUGACAAUAUUUAAAAAUAUAUUUUGAUGUACAUAGCAUAAGUAUAUUGCAAUUUAAAGCUGCUCAGAUUUGUGAUUUCUUGUGGCAUUAAUCAGAUGUCCAAUUUGAUGCUUAUGUGAGACUUGAUGUAAAUGUAAAAAGUGGAAAGUUUGGAUGCACUGCCAUUGUAUGCUUAUUUUAUAUUGUCUUAUUAAUAAAGCUAGGGCAAUCUAU